ACUUAAAUGCUCGUCCGCACCAUAUCCAAUUCAGUUCUCAUUUGAACUGCCAAACUGCAGAAACAGAGUUCCCCUUCUCUCUCUCUCUCUCUCUCUCUCUCUCUCUCCCCGCUUCGCCGCCGAGUUUUCGCCGUUAGCAUACAGUGAAGAAACGUCGAAUCCAACACGUGCAAAACACACCAGCUCACUCGCUCGCGCAUUGUCUCCUCAUUUUGCUCCAACUGAAAACAGAACAAGCCAAAAUCCUAGAUUCGAUUGCCCCCACAAUUCAACAUCUUCAAGCUCUGGCCGCCGCAGCUGACUCGUGUUGUUUUUUCAGUCAAUACCAAAAUGAGCAAAAGUGAUGUAGAGAUGGAAGAUGCAGAAAAGUUUCAUGAUUAUUCAGGAAAUAAUAUCCAGGAGUCUGAAUGUAAAGUGGUUGACCAUAAGGUUGAAUGCGAAGAGGAAGCUCCCUGUGAAGCUGCUGCCUCGGGGGAUGUAAAUGGAAGGGAGAAUGUCGAAGAAGACCUAAAUAAAGUUAUAGAUGAAACUGUUAAAGACGAGAUGGAUGUGAAGACAGAAGUGGAAGACCAAACUAACCCUGUAAAAGAGGCCAGUGAGCCAAUAGAAGGAUCAGACUGUGGAAUAAUCAUUACCAAAAGUGAUGUUAAAGAGCUAAUAAACACUAAAACUGCGUCUGAAGCUCAAACUGCUGCUAGAGAUUAUAAAGAGCCUAUAAACAGCGAAACCGUGGCUGAAGCACAAACUGCUGCUACAAGUGCAGCGGAGAAACAAGGUGACAUAAAAUUUGAAGUGAUUGAAUGUGAUGCUACUAAUUCUGCGUUGAAAGAAGAUGAGCCUAAGAAUGAUGUGGUGGAUGCAAACCAAGGGGAGGAUGUUGAGAAGAGACCUGAUGAAGAUGUAGACGUAAAAUUUCAAGUGGUUGAAUGUGAUGCUACUAAUUCUGGGGUGAAAGAAGAUGAGCCUGCUAAGAAUGAUGUGGUGGAUGGAAACCAAGGGGAGGAUGUCGAGAAAAGACCGAAUGAAGAUGUUGUGGAGAAGCAUGGAGAAAUUGGCAAGGAUACAGAUGAUACUAAACAUGUUGCUGGUGAGAUGAUGGUGGAAAAUGUUGAUGCUGGAAAUGUCCCUUCACAAAAUAGGCAACUUCCAACUGAAAGUUUUGCUAAUAAAGAUCUUCAAGGACAGGAUGCUGAGGUAGGUGAGGUUCGACCAGGUGAGGCUGAAGAGAUGGAAGAUGCAGUUCACGAUGAUCAGGAUGAGAUGGUUAAAGAUAAAGAACAGGGUGCAGAAUCUUUCUUUGUGAGCCAUGAAACUGAUGGGAACGAAAAAACUAUUGAAACUGCUGCCAAACCUGAUGCUGAAGAAUCUUCACGUGCAAGCCAGCUUCAACCUUUCACACCCAAUUCCCUCAUCAGAUGUUCUUCUACAAAGACUGCAGACCAUUGUGGAGAAACAGCCCAGACUGUUUCUAAUCACGCAACACAACCUUUUAUGGGAGAGGAUGAUGACGGAACACCUGAGGAUCAAGCUGCAUUCAUGAAGGAGCUCGAGCAUUUCUACAGGGAAAGGACAAUGGAAUUUAAACCACCCAAAUUUUAUGGGCAGCCACUAAAUUGUCUGAAGUUAUGGAGGGCCGUAAUUAGGUUGGGAGGCUAUGACAGGGUAACUGGAUCCAAGUUAUGGAGGCAGGUGGGAGAGUCAUUCCAUCCACCAAAGACUUGUACAACAGUUUCUUGGACCUUUCGGAUUUUCUAUGAGAAGUCUCUCCUGGAAUUUGAAAGGCAUAAGACACAAAGUGGUGAGCUUCAACUCCCUGUAGUAAUGCUCCCUGAAGUUUCUGGUGCUGAUGCUGAGGGAAAUGGUUAUCAAGGAUCAGGAUCAGGACAAGGAAGGGCUAGAAGAGAUGCUGCUGCCCGUGCUAUGCAAGGUUGGCAUGCCCAACGCCUUGGUGCUGGUGAAGUUGGGGACCCAAUUAUAAAGGACAAGAAUCUCAACAAUAUGGCAAAAAAUGAGAAGAAUCUCAAAAGCAUUGGUUCAUUAAAACAGAAGAGACCAAAUGAAGUGGAGAAUUCAAAUUCUAGCAAAGCCGCUCGAACUGAUAUAUCUAAGCAACUGGCGACAACUGUUGUUGAUGUUGGGCCCCCAGCCGACUGGGUGAAAAUUAACGUACGCCAAACUAAGGAAUGUUUUGAGGUUUAUGCCCUAGUGCCAGGAUUGUUACGUGAGGAGGUGCGAGUUCAAUCAGAUCCAGCUGGACGUUUGGUCAUAACAGGUCAGCCCGAGCAAGUUGAUAAUCCCUGGGGGAUUACACCAUUCAAAAAGGUAAUCAGCUUACCAGCGAGAAUUCAACCAGUUCAGACUUCUGCCGUGGUAAGCCUGCACGGACGUCUCUUUGUACGUGUUCCUUUUGAGCAGCCAAACAUCUAGAUUCAGGUGUCUUGGACAACAAUCUGCUUCACCGGCAACAUUUGCAACUUUCUGAAUGUGUAUUGUUUACUUAUUUACUUAGGUAGUCUUAGUUCGUUUACAUUAAAGUCACUAGCUAGAACAACCUGGGGCUGGGGAGGCUUUUUUGGGCUAUAGCUUAGGUCCUCUUCACUGUAAGAUGAUGAAUUGCUUCUUGCUUUAAUUCUAUCUUUAACUUAUUUUAUUUGAAUGUCAAAUGAAACACAUCUUUUGCAGCA